GGUGCAUGCACGACUACCUGCUUGGGCAAGGCUUCCCUCUCGUCCACAUCAGGAUGGUAGUCCGCCGGUUUUCCACUAGCGGGCGCCGCUUGCGCGGUAGUGCUGAAGCGGGAAUGUCGACGAGCGGCGGUGGCCGGCCUCGGUACAUACGUUGGUGGAGGGGUGAUGGAGGGGCGUUGUUGAUCGACAUUUUUUUGUUGGCGGGACCUGGCGACGUAGCGCGGUUGUGGUGUUGCUGUUUUUUUGACUGCGCUGCAAUUGUUUCUGUCUUUACUAUUCUGACAGUGCGAUUUGGUUGCGGACUGAACGAUAUUUCCUUCCUUAAUUGUUUGUUUACAGGCAUAAAAUAGCAACAUGGCGUGGGAAGAACCGAGAAAGACGGGCAUGCAGUACCGCCGCCUGGGGAACUCAGGACUGCACGUCUCGGUGCUGGGUCUGGGAGGAUGGCUGACGUUCGGCGGGCACGUUGAGAAUGAGCUCACAUUCUCCUGCAUGAAGCAAGCCUACGACUGCGGCAUCAACUUCUUCGACACCGCCGAAUCCUACGCCGCAGGCCAGUCCGAAGUCGUCAUGGGCCAGGCCAUCAAGAAAUACAACUGGAACCGCAACGACAUCGUCAUCACAACCAAGCUCAACUGGGGCGGCGCCAACGGCGAGGUCCUCGUAAACAACCACGGCCUCUCGCGCAAACACAUCAUCGAGGGUCUACGCGCCUCGCUCAAGCGCCUCGACCUCGACUACGUCGACGUCGUCUACGCCCACCGCCCCGACCGCCUCACCCCCAUGGAGGAAACCGUACGCGCCUUCAACCACGUCAUCGAGCAGAAGGGCUGGGCGCUGUACUGGGGCACCUCGGAGUGGAGCGCCGACGAGAUCGCAGAGGCCGCGGGCGUCGCGAAGCAGCUCGGCCUCAUCGGCCCCAUCGUCGAGCAGCCCAUGUACAACCUGCUCACGCGCAAGAAGGUCGAGGGCGAGUUCCAGCGGCUGUACACGCGCUUCGGGAUCGGGCUGACCACCUUCUCGCCGCUGAACUUCGGCCUGCUGAGCGGCAAGUACAACGACAGUCCCGAUGCGCCGCCCGCCGGGUCGCGGUUCGCCGAGGGCAAUGAUAAGUUUGUCAACAGCAUGCGCGACUCGUAUGGCAACAGCGACUGGACGCGGAUCAUCGAGAAGGCGCAGAAGCUCAAGCCGAUUGCGGAGAGGCUGGGCGUGACGCAGUCGCAGCUGUCGCUGGCGUGGUGCUUGAAGAACCCGAAUGUGUCGGCGGUGAUUACUGGCGCGUCGCGGCCGGAGCAGGUGGUGGAGAACUGCAAGUCGUUGCAGGUGCUGGACAAGCUGACGCCGGAGAUCCUGGCGGAGAUUGAUGAGAUCUGCGGGAAGAUUGAGCUCGACCCUGCGAGGCAGGAUUAAGUUUUAGCGGAAUAGA